AAAACGAGAGCCCAACAUUUACCAACCAAAAUCAAAAAAAAAAAAAAAAAAAAAAAACGUGGUUUGAGAUGAGAGGGCAUGAGCCACGAUCAAGCUCAUCUUGUGCAGCUUGCAAGCUCUUGAAGAGAAGAUGCACACCCACUUGCAUUUUCGCUCCUUAUUUCCGCUCAAGUGACCCCAUAACUUUCGCCAAAGUCCACAAAGUUUUUGGCGCCAGCAACGUAAGUAAGCUUCUCAGUGAGGUUCCUGAUGAACAGAGACAAGAAACCGUCAACUCGUUGGCUUAUGAGGCUGAGGUUCGUCUCAAGGACCCUGUUUAUGGUUGCAUUGGAGCAAUUGCUUCUCUGCAGAAGAAGAUGCUCGAGCUUCAACAUGAUCUAGCCGUUGCUCGCACUCGACUACUUGCCCAUUCUGGGGCCAACAACCACGUGCCCCCUCUGGAUGAUUCCCCUGAGCUCGCUGCUUUUCUCGAUCUUGUACCAUAUAGUGACUUGAUGUUGCUUGAUGGUUCUAGUCUUGAUGCUUACUUGUAUGAUCUUGGACAGCCUCCUUUUGUAUAGGCCUUAUCUCUUUAACUGAUGUAUUUGCACUUGCUUUUAAGUCGUCUUCGCAAUCUAAAAGUCGCUAAUGUAAGAAUUCGAAUAUGCAAAAAUCACAUGCUUACUUCA